AAAUUGUGUCCUUCCUAUUCCCUCAAACGCAUUUACGCACUUCAACUAACCUAAAAUUCUCUCCCAGAAAUCAAACAAACAAUUUCAAUCCCACAAAGAAAUCGUUUACGCGAAAUUAUCAACGAUUAAUUCGGCAAGGAUGUUGAAGCUUGCCGCCAACAGAGUUCUAGGGCUGGCGCCGCGAGUUGCGGCGGCGGAGAGGGCCACGGCGGGGCUGCCGCGGCUCUACCACGAGAGGGUGGUGGACCACUACAACAACCCCCGCAAUGUCGGCUCCUUCGACAAGAACGACCCCACCGUCGGCACUGGGUUGGUCGGCGCCCCGGCCUGCGGCGACGUGAUGAAGCUUCAGAUUAAGGUCGAUGAUGAGAGUGGGAAGAUCGUUGACGCCUGCUUCAAGACCUUCGGCUGUGGUUCCGCUAUCGCCUCCUCCUCUGUAGCAACAGAGUGGGUGAAGGGGAAACAGAUGGAGGAGGUUCUAACCAUCAAGAAUACGGAAAUUGCCAAGCAUCUCUCCCUCCCUCCCGUUAAGCUCCAUUGUAGCAUGCUGGCAGAGGAUGCAAUAAAGGCAGCGGUGAAGGAUUAUGAGACGAAGCGAGCAAAAUUAUCUCCAAUAGAACAAGCAGAGAAAGCUGCUGAUGCUUAAUUAAGUUUGCCUGAAUAAAGGACAUAGUAUAAAUGUUUAUGUGAACCUUAGUUUCUCUUUUUUGAUUUAAGUUGGGUUGUGCAUUGUAAAAUGGAUGUUUUGGUGUUUCAAAAUGUGAAUUUUGUGCCGCACAGGACCAGUGUUAUUAAUCUGUGAUGAGAUUGAUUAGUUUACGUUAAACAAGUUGCAUGAAAA